AUGGAUGAGCUUACAGAAAAGGAGUCCCGAAUUCUGUCUCGGUUGACCUUACGACAUGAACCACCAAAUCCUGCUCUAGAUAUCGUUGCGGUCCACGGGUUCGGAGGAGAUCCCUAUCAGUCUUGGACCUCAGGCAAGCCUGGGGAACGGGAGAGAUACACGUGGCUUCAGGAACUACCAUCAAACCUGAUACACAGCACUCGUAUCCACACAUUCUCGUAUAGCUCGAAAGCCAACGAUGCUGCUGAUAUUUUGCAUCCCGAGGAGCUCACCCUGACUUCCAAAGUCCUUCUCCGAGCCAUCAUCUCAGCAAAGAACGAGGAAUCGGACAUUCCCAUUGUCUUCAUAGCACAUGACAUUGGGGGAGUACUUGUAAAGAAGGCACUGCUCAUUGCCGAAGCUACCGAGCCCUACAGAAGCAGCAUUGCCAAGCAGUGUAGACGACUAGUAAGAUCUAGUCUCAUCCUCCAAUCCAGUUUCCACGAUUUUCUAAGAGAACUUGACUCGCAGAUAUUCUUUGCAACACCACAUCGCGCAUCCACGAUCGGAAGCUCAUGGGAGGAUCUGCUGUUUAACAUUCUUCUCGCCUCCCGAACAACGUCUCUUUCUAUGUCCAUGACUUAUGCAACCCAGCUAAAAACCUUUUCGAUCUUUAUUCAGGACGUCUCUGAUAAGUUCACGCAUUUGUCUCCAAGACACCUCAUCAAUGUUUAUCAGCAAUAUGACGAGAGCAAGAGCUCCAGUCCGGUGAUCAACCAAUACUCGGCGACGACAGGCCUUGCCCACGAAUUGAAUAUUCCACGCCAGCUGGACCAUCUGGACAUGUGCAGCUUCUCGGGCUCCGACGCAACGCUUUCUAUCAUCUCAGAAUUUAUCCAAAGAGAGACCCAUUCAUCGUACAGACAAUGCCUUUCCGACAUUUCUGCUGUCUCGCCUCCAUCUGUUAUCCCGGAUAUAAAAUUCGACUUCUUCAUCCGGGAGCAUGAUAUAAGCUCCCGCUACCUGGAAUUUCGCAACUGGAUAAAGGAUCCGUCAUCACGCAUCAUUACAACCAGCGGAGGUAGCGGCAUCGGGAAGGGGUUGGUUGCAUGUGCUCUCUUCCGUGAGCUCCAGAAGAGUUCCCUAUGCGCAGCAUACUUCUCUUUCUCAUUCAGCGGCUCUGAUACCCGUCGAGCCUCCACCACCCAUCUUUUGGCUUCGGUACUAUUGCAACUAUUUGACCAGGAGCCGGCAAGAUAUUCGAGGAUUUCUGGCAUCCACGAGGCCAUGCUGACUUCUCACUCAACUGCCUGGACACAGGCUGUCUUAAUGACCAUCUUUCAAUCGAUUCUUGAAACCAAGGAAGGUCGAAGCCCCCUAUACCUUGUCAUCGAUGGCCUGCACAGGUGUGACGAGUCCUGGACCGUCCUGCUCGAGGCUUUCCUGGCAAUCUUCAAAACCGACCGACAUACAAAGAUAAAGGUUGCCAUAUUCUACCAGGAACGAGAGGGCUUGCAGGAAGUACUGGAUUCUUUCGGCGAUUAUCGUCUGCGAGGUCCUGUCCUGAUGAAAGAGCCACCAGUUCUACCCCUGAGUGAAGAUUUAACGAACUCACUGACCAGAUGCAACCCUGGUCUUCUUUCUCUUGCACCCCAGAUCCAGGCGGCCCUGGACAGAUGUACGAAUAUCCCCGAGCUGGUGCUGACGCUUCAUACCCUGAAGAACAGCAUUGAGUCCCCAAAUUCACUUGGGUCUAUCAGGGCCUUGGCAGCAAAUCUUCCGCCAUCCCUUCCGGACGAGGCGUCUUUGCGCUUCAAUAGUCUUCGCGCGUGGGGAAGAACUGCAGUGGGCUGGCUUUGUUAUGCACAACGACCAUUGUCACUCGCUGAACUCGUUACAGCCGUGGCCAUCACCAGCCGCACCGCAGAAUUCACUGCCUCGUUCGACCCCGAGGAAAUACCUCUGGAUGCUGCAGCCGAAAUGGCAUGUGCUUUUGGCGGCUUGACAAGGUUUGAAGAUGGUGGCAUUGUCUUUAUCGCAGACACUAUCAAGACCCGCCUUCUUAAGUUAGUCGCCGAAAGCCAGCAGCACGAUGUUGCCAUACCAGAAAAUGCUCAGAUCACCGCGAUUCUGAUCGGGUAUCUUUCCUGGAAAGAGUUGCGCAACCCAGGUGAGCAGGCCCUGGACGACUUGCCGUUCAUCCAACGGCCAGGACCCUCAGACUUAGCGCCUUACGCCAUGGGCUUCUGGUCCCAUCACUACCGGCUCUGCGCACCAAGCCACCCGGAACUGACCAAGGUGUUACUAUUUAAGCUGGAAGACAUAGCUUCGCUCUCCAGGACAACGCCAUUCUUGUUAGCCUCUCAGCUUAAGUUGGUCGACAUUGCAACAAAGCUGAAGGAAAGUUCUGUGAUCCAGAAAACGGAUUUUGAAAAGGCCAUCGGCAUGGCCGGUCGGCUGGGCCACGAAGAUGUUCUUGGUUAUCUCCUUGACGUAUGUGUUUUCACCGAAAGAGAAUUGUGCGAUCUUUCCGAGGCACUUCGUCAAGCCUCCGCUCACGGGCACGACAACGUUGUCAAAAAGGUUCUCGAGCAUGCCAGGUCGCACGAACGUCUCAACACCCUUCCCCUCAAUGCCCUGCUCUGCCAGGCAGCGCUGUUUGGGUACGAGAGUCAGGCGAAACUCUUUUUUGAAUAUGGCGCCAACGUAAACGCUGUCAUCGACCAAAAAACACCGCUCCAGCACGCUGUUGAAAACGGACACGCAUCGGUGGUGCUGUAUCUCUUGUGCGAAGGAAAAGCUGAUGUCAACUCGGCAGCUGCGACUGAAACUGAUGCUCCCAUUAUCUUGGCUGUAGCUAAGGGUUACCAACUCGUCGUUGAGCAUCUUCUUAGAUUUAAUGCUGAGACUCAAGUACGUACGAAAGACCAGCAGUACGUAUUGGAAGAAGCGACGCUGCUCCACGUCGCGGCUCAUUUCGGUCAUCUGGACAUUAUGAAACGUCUUCUCCAUAAGUUGAAGAUGGGGUGUGAUGGUGAAAGCUCAAAAGACCUAAGCAUCGACGAACAAGAUAGCCUCCACCGGACCCCCCUUAUGGUCGCCUGUGUCCAAGGAAACGAAAGUAUCGCGAGACUUCUCCUGGAUUACGACGCAAACGCUAACCCGGAGCCGGACAUUUACAAACAUAGCGCGCUAUACUAUGUAGUUCGCUCGGGAAGGGUCGGAUCCCUGGUCAAGCGAAUGUUCCAAAGCAUAGAGUCUCUUUCGACGCUCGCCGACAUCGGGGAGGUAUUCUUGCUCGCCAGUCAGCACGGAUUCGCCGAAAUUGUCGAAGAAUGUCUAUCCGCUAGCCCAGCUAUCAUGGUUGAUGAUGUCGCGCUGGCCAGCUAUAGCGAUGCUGAUAACCGCACUGCUCUACAUCACGCUGCUGAACGCGGUUUAAAAGACAUUGUCGUUCUUCUCCUGGAUAAGGGAGGUGAGGUGCUGGUGGAUGCCAAGGACGAAUCUGCAAACACGCCUCUGGCUUUGGCCGCCCUCGCAGGAGAAGAUUCCGUUGUAGAGCUCUUGCUCAGCCGCGGCGCUGAUCCCUUUCUCAAGAUGGAUAGCAGCCGUACGGUGGUCAAUCUUGUGGCAGCAUCCGAUUCACCCUCUACGGAAGGCCAUUUGGCGAGCGUGAGACGACUCCUGGAGAAAGGUGUUGACCCCAAUGCAAAGGACGACUCGGAACGAGCACCGCUUCACUGGGCUGCGUUGAAUGGCAAAAUUGACCUGACUAGCCUUCUCUUGACCACACCUGGGAUUGAUGUGGACGUUAAGGGGAGAUGGGGUUGGAACGCCUUUCAUUUUGCAGCCGACUCUGGCAAGAGCGGCGAGGUCCAGGUGUCAGAGCUGCUGAUCCAAGCCGGGGUCGAUGCUCUGCUGGCUGAUGUGGACGAUUGGCUUCCCAUUCAUGUUGCGGCUCGCGCCAGCUUCGAUGUUGACCUUCUGCAGCUAUUGUGGGAACGCGGCCCAGAUUCGCUCAAAGCCAGAACCGAUGAUGGUAGAAUCGCCCUUCAUUUUGCCAGAGGGCGCCACAAGGCUUUGGAGUGGCUGCUCAAGCAUGGCUCUGAGAUUGACGCUGUGGACGACAACGGCGAUACGACCCUGAUGUUGUCGGCUAUUCGAGGGAGUGGGAAGGCAGUCCGUGUACUCCUAGAGCAUGGUGCAAAUCCAAUGCUUGUUCAUUCAGAGGGGGAGACUGCCUUGCACGAUGCAGCGUAUGCUGGAGUGGUAGAGGUGGGUGAGGCCCUUAUUCAAUUUUCAGGCAAGGAAGUUGUAGAGAAACUGGUGAGCCACAAAAACGAAGACAACUGCUCAGCGUUGCACGUUGCCAUCCGGGACCGGGAGCCAGCCUUUGCGGAGAUGUUGCUGGACUCCUUCUACGCAAAAAACACAGGUGCCGCCCUGGAAGACCUGAACAGCGCCAGAAAACGCAACGGCGAAACUCCGCUCAUAACCGCCGUUCGAAACGGCCAGAGAGGUGUUAUCAAGAAGCUCAUUGCUCUUGGCGCCGCCACAGAAACUCGAGACGACAAUGGAGACACGGCCUUGCUCGUGGCCGUUGCCAGUGACGAAGAGGACGCCAUUGCCAUCACGCGGCUCCUACUCGACCGGACCACCGAGGGCUGUGCCGAUCCCAAUACCGGGGGCGGGGUUCAUCCCACGGCGCUUUACAUGGCAGCUUCGCAAGGGAAGGGAAAACUCGUCGAGGAGCUCAUCAAUCUUGGUGCCAAUGUCAAUGCAGUUGGAGGGAAAUACCACACAGCUCUGACUGUCGCAGUAUACGCCGGACACGCUGAGGUUGCCGAGUUUCUCCUCGAGAAAGGCGCCGCCCAAGAGAUUCCCGACAACCCGCCGUUCAUCUUCACUCCACUGCAGGCUGCAAUAUAUUCUGACCAGAUUGAACUGGUUACCAAGCUCCUCGAAGCUGGCCAAGAGGAAUCUGUCGACUACCUGGACAGCCAGGGCCGCACUGCCUUGCACAUCGCGAUGCGGAUGGGCUCCACUGACAUGGUGUCUGCCUUAAUCGAAAUAGCCGCCCCCAAGCUUGACCUCAGGGACAAGCAAGGCCGCUCCUUGCUCCACCACGCUGUUCUAAGCCACAACUUAGAGAUUGUGGACAUCUGUCUUGACUUAGAAAAAUCCGGGUACGGUUUUGAACUCAGCGCCCCGGACAAUGAUGGCUGGACCCCUUUGCACUGGGCCUGUCGCACGGAUGAUAAUGAGGAAGUGAUUGCCGCCUUGAUCCAGGCGGCAAGGAACGAUGAUGUGGUUUUGAAAGCCACAAAUCACGGCUGGACACCUGAGAAUAUUUGCGCGUUUCACAGGAACGAAACCACCAAAACCUUCGUUGAUGCUCAAAUCAAAAGGAUUCACGAAGCCAAGUCGGAGAAUGAAGUAGCCGACCAGAAUUCAAACCUGGAAAACUCGAAGCCUGGCGACCCUACCGAGCUCGACGAGCACAUACAAAAAUUAGAGCCCUCAGUCAAUGAGUCUGAAGAUUUGGAAACGUCCAUGCAGGCGAAGGAGUCAGACAACCCAAAGCCCAAACCGUGGAAGGUAGGCUACCGCCAUACAGGUGUCCAUUGUGACGGCUGUGAGCUCUAUCCAGUUGUGGGAGUUCGCCGGCACUGCAAAAUCUGCAGCGAUUUUGACUACUGCUUCAAGUGCUUCUGGACAGCAGAAAAGACGCACCCAGGCCAUGAGUUUGACAAGAUCAAAGCUGGAGGGACUGGCCCAGAGCAGGAGCCCCAGCAGAUAGAAGAUUCAGAGAUAGAAGAUGCAGAGAUGGAAGAUGCAGAGAUGGAAGAUGCAGAGAUGGAAGAUGCAGAGAUGGGAGAUACUGAGACAGAAGAUACAGAGACUGAAACUAGCUCUGAUAAGACUUAG